AUGGUUCAGGUCGGCCGUGUCAAGGCCUCCUGGGGCGACGUCCAAGUUCAUUACGAUUUCCAGUUACGAGUGUCGCCAGCAGAAUGGUGGCAGAGCGUCGACAUUACACUGCAGGCCGAGUCGGUCAGCCUCGUGCAGAGCUGGCCUCCAGUUCCCGAAGCAGUCCAGCUCUGGUACUCUGAUUCAUCGCAAUCGACUUCUUGGACGAGGCUAGAACAAGGGCCUGGGUCGGUUCUCAUGCUUAGGGCGCUCCAGGCCGCCGCUCAGGAACAGCGGCCCAGCGCGAUCCGAUUUGUCUUCUCCGCUAAGCAGGGGUACCUGGUUCGGACCGACAUUCUCUCUUUGCGCAUGGUGGACCUCGAGCUGGUGGAUUCGGUGAUCUUGUUCUUUGCUGCUGAGCCUGGUAAACUGUUCAGCCCCCUGUCCAUCGAUCCGCUCGCAGCCACAGAUGCGUACACUGCCUUGCAUGCCGUUUUGAAUACCGCAGUUGGGGGCCUGCUUCUUGCGACACCGGUGGACUAUCAGCAGAUGUUCUCUACUCUGGACCAGGAAUUUGCCAAUCGGCUGUCGUUCCCAUGGGUUCUCGACGCUCCUGCACCGCGCAAAAGCCUUGCUAUUGUGGAAGGCGGACGCAGUAGUCCAGAGCAUGGCGGCACAGCAACAAGUAUAUACACAGCUGCUCAAGCCCUCAACAUCGAUGUGAUCGUCCUCGAUGUUCCAGGGCACUGGCUUGAAGGGCCCGAGUACGCCCACUGGCGCAGGGAGUUCGUCCCGGUGCAACUCGAGCCACCAUCGCUACUGCGGGAUCGCAUAUUGGAGGCCUUGUCCGACCGCAAAGUUGACGGAAUAGUUACAUUCUGUGAUGCGUACCAGGUGGCCAUAGCCCAUGCCGCAGACCAGCUGGGAUUGCCUACAGCACCCGCCGAGGCGUAUGAGAUCGCGACCGACAAGUAUCGCACGGGGCUUUCUGAGGGCCGACCUGCAUAUCUUGUGCGUGGGCCCAAAGAAGCUCUGGAAGUGGUCCAGGAAAGAGCCCUCGAGUUCCCCUUAAUCGCCAAGCCCUGUAAAGGCUUUUUAUCUGAGGGUGUGUUCAAAGUCCACGAUACCGAGGAUCUCAUCCGUGCAGUGCAGAGUGUUGAUUUAGACCGCCAUGGCACUGAGUUCGUGCUCGAGCAGUACUGCGAUGGGCCAGAAGUUGAUAUCAACUUUGUGCUUUCGCAGGGAGAGAUUCUCUUUUGUGAAAUCUCUGACGAUUUCCCCAAGUCUGGAGAUGUCGGCGACCCUUCAUCCUCCGCUCCUCCGUCGUUCAUUGAGCUAGGCAAUGUCUUGCCCUCCAAGCUCCCAUCUACAGAGAUCGAACUUCUUCGCACUUCGCUGCACCAGAGCUUGAUGCAGCUGGGACUGACCACGGGCAUAUACCACCUCGAGGCACGAGUGCAGCAUUCCUUGAUGGAAUACGGCCCAGUACCAUCUACGCCCAAUUCUACUUCUGACGCUAUUGACUUGGUCCCUCGACAAACGAUGCCCCUGCAAAAGCCGUCCGCGUGGUUAAUUGAAAUAAACCCUCGUCCUCCCGGCAUCCAAGAGACCGCGGCCGUAGAGUCAACCUACGGAGUCGACUACUGGGGCAUUGGGCUGCUGGCAUGUCUGCGCGACCAUACGCGCCUCCACGCCCUCGCCCAACCAUUCCGGCAAGGGCCCCAGUACUGGUGCGAAAUGAUCUUCAUCCCCGUCACUACAGGGGGCAGAUUUGAGUCGGACGACGUCUGUGCGGACCUUGUCCAUCGGCGGCCUGACCUUGCAAAGCACAUCUCCAAGGCCUUUUGCUUUUUGCGGCGAGGCGACGUGGUCCCGGCGCCUGAGUCGGGGAUCACGGCAUGGGUGGCAUAUUUUAUUGUGUUUUCGAGAAUUAGCCGGGAGCAUCUUUUAGCGGUUUCUGCGGAUGUAAGGAGAGAGACAAGAUUCACUGUUUCUCACAAUUGA